AAGUUUAAUUAAACGCAAAUGAACCGAGAAAGCCACAGUGACUUCAAGUCAUAAAAAAACACUAUUGUGGGCCAAUAUGUGGGCAGCUAUCGUUUUUUUUGGACUUAAGUGUAAUACUUUAUUAAUGCAUUAUUUAAAGACGGGGUCACGCAAGGUACAUAAGGGCAGACUGUAAAUGUGUUUUUACAAGUGGAACCAUUUCUAUGUGAGGCUUUUGUCCCUACACGGAUUGUUUACGGUAACGGUCAAAAUAAUGAGUGUUUACCUGGUUGUCUUCAUAGUUUUAACCUAUCUGAUUUGGAUAAAAUGCAUUUACUAUCGACAUCGGCCAACUCUGGUGAAGUCGUUGCAACGUGUCGUGAAUGUUUUAUCAAGUCGAGAAAUAAACGGCGACGACGUCCGCGUGCUGAUUGUAACUGCGCAUCCGGAUGAUGAAUGCAUGUUCUUCGCUCCAACGAUCAUAAACCUCGUUGAAUUAAACGCCGACGUUCAUUUGCUGUGUUUAUCUGAAGGAAACUACUACAAGCAAGGGGCUCAGCGCAAACAAGAACUUCUCAACAGCUGUGCCGUGUUGGGGAUCCCAGACUCCAGAAUCACCGUAGUAGACCAUAAAAAGCUUCCAGACGACCCCAAAGCCGAAUGGAGCGUCCCACUGGUCUCCUCUAUAAUCGUGCAGCACAUGAGAGCGCGCUCCUUCAACGUGGUGCUGACCUUCGAUGGGAGCGGAGUGAGCGGCCAUGCCAAUCACACAGCCAUCCAUAAAGCCGUCAGCCGUCUCGCUUUCACCGGACAAGUACCCAAUGACUGCUGUUUGCUCUCCCUGGUGACCGUUGGCCUCCUCAGGAAGUACAUCUCCUUCCUGGAGCUCCCCUUCAGCUGGCUGCUGCCCUCAAGCCUCCGCUGCAUCGUCGGCCCACAGGGCUACAGGCGAGCCAAAGACGCCAUGUUUUGCCACCGCUCUCAGCUCCUGUGGUUUCGUUACCUCUACAUCACCUUCUCGCGGUACAUGUUCGGCAACACGUUCCAAAUGAUCCCACAAGGACCAACAAACCUGAAGAUGUAUUGAGUUGUUACUGUCCUGCUGCCCAACUCCUCCAUUUCCAUGGUAGGAGUGCCUUUAGUUUACAAAACUAAUGCUCACUGUGAACAAAGCCCUCUGCAGUACUUCAUUGGCUAAAGUAGCCGGAAUAUUGUUUUUGUAGAAAAACAAGAAAACAUCUUAUUCAUUUUGUUGGUCCAGAAACGUCUUUAUUGUCUUUACACUGCAUGAAAACAACACUAGGGUUUGAAUGGGUUGAGUGUUUUUUUUUUCUUUUCUUUUUAUGUUGAUAAUACUGUUA